AUGGAACCUUAUGUCCUAGACUCGGAGGAGGAUCCUAGUGUAUUGGCAGAUCUCUCUCAAUCAAAGCCAAUUGCCACACCCUUUCCUAAGUUCAAUCCACAAGAUGUGGAGAUAUUCAUUCUCGAAGCCGAAGCCUGGUUUAAGUUUAACCAGGUAUAUGAGCAAACAAGAAUGAUCAAUCACAUGGGCUCUCAAUUGGAAGGGAAUGCAUGGGAGUGGUGGACCUCCAAGCUCCAUAUUGACAGGGCUUGUGAAGGAAGGUUAUUCAAUGACUGGCACUACUUCACAGAGUGGCUGUUGGAACAAUUCAAUCCCCAGAAUGCUAGAAUGGAAGCCUACAACAAGCUGUUGGCUCUCAAACUCACUAGCAAUGCACCUGGUUCUGCCACACACCAUGUGGAAUGUUUCAGAGACUUGGAAGGAAAAGUCAAUCUGGAUGAUAAUGAACUCAUCAUUGACUUGUUCAGAGGCAGUCUCACACAUAGUCUGCAAGAAAACAAAAGAAAAGUGGUAUUAGAGCUUACAGGAACAGUCCAAGACCAUCCUGCUCAUAUACUCACCAACACUGGCACUGGCUUGUCCAUAGUUUCAGAUUCCUUUAUCAGUAAGUACCUAAUACCCACAAAACCCUCAAAAACAAGAUCGAUUCAUGGUGUCACUGGACACCAGCUUGUUAUCAAUAGUGCUGUGACCAUACAGGUGGUUAUUGGCAAGCACAGCCUAGGUGUAGUCGAAGUAUCAGUAGCCGAUACCACUGACUAUGAUCUUAUAUUGGGAUUCACCAAGCUCAGAAGGCUCAAGCCCACCAUACGAUGGGACACAGGCCAACUAGAGUUCAAUGCUGAUAAAGGAGUAGAGAUGGAGGUUGAGAUCGAGAAGAAGGUGAUGGUGGCAGAUAUACCAAAGCCAUACCAACAUCUUCAUGAUGUGUUCAACAAGGUGGAAGCAGACAGGCUUCCACAGCAUACCAAGCAUGAUCUCCACCUUGAAUUAAUGGAAGGAAGAGACAAAUGGAAAACAGUGUUUGGUACACAAUUGGGACUAUAUGAGUACCUUGUGUUGCCAUUCAGAUUAGCGAAUGCACCAGCUCAUUUCCAAUCAUUCAUCAAUAUCAUCUUCCAAGACAUCAUCAGAGUAUAUGUUGUUGUAUACUUGGAUGACUUCCUCAUCUUCAGUGACAUGGAGGAAGCACACAUGCAACAUGUCACUGAAGUUCUCACCCAUUUGAGAAACAAUUGGCUGUUUGCUAAACUGUUGAAGUGUGAGUUCCACACCAUGACAGUAGAGUUUCUAGGGUACAUCAUCAAACCCACAGGGGUAGAGAUGGAUCCUGAGAAAGUAUGGACAGUCAAGGAGUGGCCAAUGCCAGAAUCAAUCCAUGAUAUCCAAAGAUUCCUUGGCUUUGCCAACUUCUACAGGCAAUUCAUUGCUCACUUUGCUUGA